AUGCGGUUUUUCAUCACUGCAGCGGUUGCUUCGCUUCUACAGACCUGCUUCGCAGCGACUGCGACGGAUUGGCGGUCGAGGUCUAUCUAUCAGGUCUUCACGGAUCGCUUUGCACGAACGGAUGGCAACACUGCAGCUCCUUGCAAUGUAGCGAACAACCUGUACUGCGGCGGUACCUGGAAAGGCCUGGAGAAGAAGCUGGACUACAUAAAGAACAUGGGCUUCACAGCUGUAUGGAUAUCACCCAUAACAGCACAGGUGGCCAAUGCCUAUCAUGGUUACUACCAGAAUGACCUCUACUCACUCAAUACUCAUUUCGGCACGGCGCGCGACUUGCGGUCCCUAGCGUCAGCGCUGCACUCAAAAGGCAUGUACCUCAUGGUCGACAUCGUGCCCAACCACAUGGCCUUCGCCAGCUGCCCCGACAAAGUCGACUUCCGCCGCUUAAAGACCUUCAACCAUCCCGACAAAUUCCACAGCUAUUGUCCAAUCAAGAACACGGGGAACCAGACCGAGCUCGAAGACUGCUGGCUCGGCGACUGCAACAUGGCUUUGCCUGACAUCAAGACCGACGACCCGUUGGUGGCGCGUGAAAUGAACGCUUGGAUCAGGUGGCUGGUUUCCGCCCAUAACGUCGACGGGCUCCGCAUCGACAGCGUCAAGAACGUGAACAAGGCCUUCUUCCCACCGUUCUGCCGCGCCGCGGGUGUAUUCUGCAUGGGCGAGGUAUCCGAGGGCCACGCAAACUACACGUACCCGUAUCAGAAACAGAUGGACUCUGUGCUGGACUAUCCGCUGUACUACUCCAUCACCCGCGUGUUUCAACAGAAGAGCAACAUGUCGGAUUUGGUUGUCGCGCUGGCGUCGUGCACAGAUAAUCAAGAGACGGGUUGCAAGGACCCGACGCUGCUGGGCGCAUUCUUCGAGAACCAUGAUAACCCGCGCUUUGCAAACGUCACGCAGGAUCUCAGCCUGGUGAAGAACGCGCUGACUUUUACCAUGCUGGGGGAUGGCAUACCGAUCGUGUAUCAAGGUCAGGAACAGAAUUUUGCUGGUGGCGACGACCCUUGGUGUCGCGAGGCGCUGUGGUCAUCCCAAUUCAACACCACAUCCCCCCUCUAUAAACACACCGCACUCCUCAACAACAUCCGCAACCACAUCGUCUCCGAGAGUGCCCCUUAUCUUAGCUACCAGACCCGCAUCCUCGCGUAUACUGCGACGGAAAUGCAGCUCCGCAAGGGCGCGAUCCGCACCGUGCUAAGCAAUCAGGGAGAGCAUGCACCAACGUGGGCGCUCAAGACGCAGGGAAUGGAGUUUGAGAAGGGAAAGACUGUAUUCGAUGUGUUGAGCUGUGCUAGGUACGGUGUCGAUGGUAAUGGCGAGGUUGACGUGAAUAUGAGAUCCGGGGAACCGGUUGUGCUGGUCGAGGAGAACGUGCUGCGUGGGAGCGAUCUGUGUACAUGUGAGCGAGGACGUGGGUCGCCGCGGUAUCGUACUGUGUGUGGCGGAGAGCGGGGCACGCAUGACUUGUAG